UUGCAGUAUACGGCAAUGCACUGGGCGUGCAAACGGGGCGAUGAAAAUUUAGUCAAACUGUUGGCUGGAAUUGCUCGGCAGGUCGUCAACGAGCGUUCGAAUGGGGGAUACACACCUUUACACAUCGCAAUGCAAUUUCGCAACGAGAAUGUUUACAAGCUUCUCAUAGAUGUUUAUGAUGCAGAUCCAAACGUGAGAGACUGGUCAGGUAGGAAACCUAGACAGUACCUUGUUCACAUGGACACGUCUCUUUCACCCGGAUCCUACAGAAAAAAGGAAGGGUUCCUUCGCAUAGGGUCGCUGAAUGUGCGAGUAAAAAAGACAACGGAGGCGUUUAGUAACUUUCUAGGAGUAGGUGCAACGCGGUCAUCGGCGUAUGUACCGAAAUCUGCGAGGGAAAGAGAAAUGGACAGACGAUAUGAUGACGGAGACCAGCUGCAUAAGACUUGGGGCUCGGCUGAUAAUAUACCGAAAGAUGAUAAACUGAUGCCACCGCCAAUCAGCAGUAAAGUGCGACGCCGGGGAGCCAGCGGCAGACGUGGAGUGGGUGCCCAUAGUAGAAGCACGCCUUCCACGCCUGAUCAGCCUCGCGCUCAAAUUGGCGUCAGCGAAGAGGGAGAUUCAGACUCCGACUCUGCGGCCGGUUUUCAUUCGGCUUGGAGACAACAACGAGCCUCAAACUGCACUUAA